ACUAAAUCAACUCAAUUGAAAUGUCUAUUAUUGCCAUGGAUUUUUCACGCGUUACAAUUUAUUGAAAAUCCCUUCACUCUAAUUUCAGAUAGGGAAAAAUAUAAGAAGAAGAAGAAGAAGAAGAAGAGGAGGAGGAAGACAAAUAAAUAAAUAAAUAAAUAAAUACUUUUGCAACUUUUCUUUCUCCUUGCAUUCUACCGUCUCCCUCCCCUCCCCCGCCUUUCUCCGCCCACUCCACGGCCAUCCAGUCCCGUCCAUAACUUGCCUAAAAAGCUAUUUUUAGUAAAAGGAGAUAUGAAUUCAUAUUAAUUUUGUUCGACGCCUCUUGUGCUUCCACUCUCAUUCACUGCUUAAGCCAGUUAGAGAAUGAAGUUUACGCAUAUACACGCACUCGUGUACUUGAGACCCAUGUUGAUUUAUUUUCAUUUUAUCAUGUAUGCGUUUACCAUAAUGUCGCAACGAAUCUUCUGUUUUGGGGAAAAUGAAAGUUUGAAUUUUUGGGGGAAAAGGAUGGGAAGAAAACAAGGUGACAAGGGGAAGAAAAAUGGUAAAGCUCCUUUGUGCAAGGAUGAAGACAUUAAGGCUGGGCAUUUAAAUUCAAUUUUUGGUAAAUAUUCGGAGGCAGAAAUGUUAUCCCAGCUAAAUAUACUUGCUCUGGAUCCUUGUAAGCAAAAAAUUUCGCUGGACAAAAUUCAGCCCCUGUGUGAUCAGAUUCUUAGGCUGCGAAAAGUUAUGGUACCUACAAAUUCUGAAAUUCCUUGGAGAAAGCGAAAACUGCAGGAAUUUCUUAAAGAUGAGCUGAGAACAACUCCUGGAAAUGUGGUACCUAAACAAAAUGGCAUGAAACUGAGUAGAUGGCAGUCACCUCAUGCCUCUUCUGUUCCAUGCUUGCUCAGUUCAGUUCACCCUACUGAGACUUUUGACAAGAAAAUUCAUCCAUUGACUCCCGAAAACCAGACUCCCAAUGAGGCAACAUCACUGAAUCUUUACGUUGCAACUCACAUUUCAGACUCAGUGACAUUGGACAAGCCAGAUAAGAAGAAACUUCAACCACCUUUCAAAUCUUUCAGGUUACCGAGCUUCAUUUGUGAUCAUCUUCAAAAAAAAGUUGUUCCAGUUGGGCCUCGAUUCCAGGCUGAUGUUCAUGAGUGGAAUGGACAGGUGGAGAAGAGCCUUCUUAUUGGUGUAUUUAAGAAUGACUUUCGGAAUUCAAGGUGGUUGGGCACCAAAGUUUGGCCCAUCGAAGUUGGAACUGUGUUAACCAGAGGGAGAAUGAAUGAAAAAGGGAGACCUGCCCCUUGUAGAUGUGUCACACCAAGAUCUGUUGACUGCAUAAGACGCCACAUUCUUGAGAGGAGGCAACUUCUUCAACGAGAUCUUGGACCUGCUUUCUUUCAAUGGAAGUUCAAUGAGAUGGGUGAACAAGUUUCAAAAUUGUGGACAUCAAAGGAACGGCAAAGAUUCAAAUCAUUGGUGAAAAUGAAACCACAAUCAAAUGGAAAGAACUUUUUGAGACAGGCUUCUAAGUAUUUUCCAACCAAGUCCAAAGAAACCAUCAUCAGUUACUAUUUUAAUGUAAUUAUUCUGCAGUGCUUGAGCAUACAGACAAGGUCACCCCUAGAACAAGUUGAUUCUGAUGAUGACGAGGUGGUGGACAUCAAUUCCAUGGGCUUGCAAAAGCAAUGUAAAGGGAAGAAAGCCAUCAAGACUCGAUAUUUGCGUGUGGCUUCUUAGUCAUUAAGGAAAUGCAUCAGCAUCUCAGUUCGAUCGAGUCCAUUGUGUCUAGAUAAGGUGGACGAUUUGGCACAUUGAGUUGCUUUUUCUCUCAAGUUUUCUUCCAAACAUCGUCUACCUUGGUUAGUCCUCACAACAAUCCCUGCUAAAGAACGUGCAUCGGAUUUUUUUAACGGUUCUGAAAGCAAUCGUGAGAAAGAAUUGAUGAUUUUGUUUUCUGCUUCUCAUUGUAAUAGCCAUACAUACUAUUGAUCGUAUGCACCCAACAAAGUUGAUAGAUUUAUGUUCUCGUCGAUUAUGUGUAUAAUUCUUAUUCCGACAGUUUACAUGUCUAUACAAGACCAUGAAACAUGGUGGAAUUAGGACGUUAUAUUGGCUUGUAACAUUACUUGGAAAUGAAACUGAACCCAGAUUGCUUGAAAAUUGAUUUUUUUACUGUCUA